AUGGACGCCCGGCCCUCCCGGAACGCAUUUCCGCGGCGAUGUUUUGCAGUGGCUGCCCUGCUCGUCUGUCUUGGGAGUCUCAAUGCCUUCGUGGGACGUCAAGUGACGCCGCGCUCCUUGCAGCGUCUCGUUCGUCGGCGGUCCGAGAGUUUGCGCGACUGGCGCGACUUCCGCGCGAGACUGGUGCAAGGUUCUCGAAGCACCACCAGCAGUGAUGGCAGUGCUCCGGAGGGCCCGAAAACGGACGGCUGGGCCUAUUCCACCGAUUUGCUGGAACAAGGCUCAGUUCUUCUUUCAGUGCCAGGAGACUACUGGGCACUGCGGCGUCAGUACUUUGCCAAGGUGGUCAUGCUCAUUGUGGAUCAUGAUGACCAGGGCACCGUGGGUGUGGUCUUAAAUCGGCCCACGGAACUCACGGCCGCUGAUGUGGAUCUCAGUGAUUCAGAACUUUUUACCGAUUCGUUGUUCCAAUUCUUGGGCUUGACCCAAGGCUUAAAGGACUGGAAAGUCUGGUUCGGCGGAGAUUGCGAGGGUCUGGAAUGCGCAGGUCGCAGUCCGAGACAUUUCUGCCUCCACACCAUGGAGAGGUUUGCAGGAAAUAGCAAUCGCGUGAUCAACGGGGUGUACAUUAUGAGUUUCCGACAAGCCAAAUUGCUGGUGGUCACUGGGCAAGCAAAGAAAGAAGACUUCAUGCUGGUGGUUGGAUAUACAGGCUGGUCCAGAGGACAACUUCAAGAUGAAUUGAACCGAGGCGACGCCUGGAUCCUGGGCGCCGCCGACGGCGCCCUGCUGCUGGGCGACGACAGCGCCGAAGACGGCGCGCCGCUGCAAGGGCGCUUGGAACGGCUGAACCGCCGAGAGGACAGCUCCGGUGGCCUUGGGGACGGCGUCAAUGCCUGGUGGAGACUCUAUGAGACCUUCAGGCCGAAUGAGUUGAAAAAGGUGGACAGAGAGGAGGAAGCGCACAAUAGUCAGAUGAUCCGAAGAUGGGUAGAUGCAUAUCUCAGGCCGCGAGAGAUGCUCCGCUCCAUGUCGCUGCAUUUGGUGGAGGCUGGCAGCAUCCUGCGCGGCUCCGCCACGCACUGGCGCUUGGGCCGUCCCGAAGGAUCCUGGCCAUCGAGAAACAAAGAUCCAUGGAUGGUACCAGGGCAGUACCUACACAAGGCCGUCUUAGUGCUGCUCUCCGAUUGCACUCCACGGGAUCCCGCAGCGCUGGUGCUGCUGAAUGGCCCCUGCAUCGGCCACACCGCCGAAGGUCACGAAGUCUUCUUUGGAGGUCCGGGCACUGGAGCUGAAGCUCGCUGUGUCGUGCCACUGCCCAGGGGAGCUGUGCUUGGUCGCUUCUCCCUGCCACCGGGGGUGCUGCAUGAGCAUGCGCGCAUGGCGCAGUUGAUGGAGAUGCCGCGGCCCGAGCGAUGGCUCGGUGCUGGAGGAGCCCGCGGAUUUUUCGGGAAGUACGACACCGGAGUCCUAGCAGUAUCGAGCGGUUCGCUAGGAAAGUUGGAGACCUUGAAAGAGGUGAAAGUCUCUCUAGAGGGCGAUAGGCUGCCGGGGCUCGGUUUUCGGCUGGAGGCCCCGCGGAGCUUCCGUCGGCUGAUGCAGAAGGACCACGACGCCUUGCAGCGACGCUUCAAGGACGGCGUGACGGAUGCGGCGCACGCAUUAUCGACCUGGGGAGGACGUACGGAGCACCAGGCGCAGCUGGCGCAGUUCGAUGGGCUCACGCUGCACGUGCCGCCAGGUGCCAUGGCGUUGCUGACCAUCACCCGCGGUAAGCCACCCUUCCAAGGCUGUUUGGCCUUGCCCGGUGGUUUCGUGGAGCGGGAUGAGUCGCCCAUGCUGGCAGCGCAGCGGGAAUUGCAAGAGGAGACCAAUGUGAUGGGUUUGCCCUUGGUGGAACUGGGGGUUUGGGACACCCCGGGUCGCGAUCCCCGAGGUCUGGUCUCCACCACGGCUUUCAUGGCGCUGGCCCCAGAUCAGUCCUGCAAGGCUGGAGACGAUGCUGCAACCGCACAGUAUCAAGCCUUGAGUCAAGUAGCGGCCUGCUCCUGGAGCUUUGAUCAUAGAGACAUUGUGACUGCCGCCUUGCAUCGCUUGGCGGGCGCUGAUACCGCCUUGGAUCCCACGGGCGAUGCGGAGCGGAUGCAACGUGUGGUGAAGGCUGCAGCUACAGCGUUGUCAUGUUUUGAAGGUGUUUUCGUGCCCCGGCGCUCCGCGCUGCCAAUCGUGCAAGCGGCACAUGCCGCCUGCCAAGGAUUUGCUGAUGGUCGUUUGCUGGAUUGUGGCACAGGGAGCGGAUGCAUUGCACUCGCGCUGUUGAGGCGUUUGCCCCGCGUAACUGCGGUGGCCAUCGAUGCGGAUCCGAAUGCGGUGGCAUGUGCCACGCGCAAUGCGAAGGACUUGAAUCUCGCAGGUCGCUGCGAGGUGCACCAGUUGCGCUUUAGUGAGUUGCACGACUUGAAUGCAGCAGAACCGCAGCGAUUCAGCGUAGCAGUGUCAAAUCCACCGUAUUUGCCAAAGCGUUUGAUGGAACAUGUGGGUUUCGCGCGGGAACUUCAGAGUCAAUCGGUGCAUGCCUUCGCGGCCGGUGAGGAUGGGCUUGGCGCAUAUGAAGAGUUGGCCCAGAACUUACCGCAGGUGUUGAGAGAUAGUGCUGUUGUGGUCAUGGGAUGCCAGCCGGGCAAGGCCGAAUGGGCGGCGCAGCCCUUCGUCUCCAGGGGCUACGAGGCACGAAGUCGCCUGCUGGCGAUUCGCACGCGGCCCGCGAAUCCAGGAGACGCUGCGGUGCACCAGAUCUUGUCGGAGACCACGGAUCCGGACGGUCCCUCAUUCCUGGCGCGGCUCUGUUGGUGCCAAUGUGCACCGAUCCCCAGGAAAGAUGCGGGGAUUAAGGACAUUGAAGCCAUUAGUGCGUUCGCGGGCGUGACCUUGCAGUCCGGGAGCCAUGCCACUGCUGGAUCGCUGGAAACGCUUCGCUGGGGUGAUUACGAUGCGGCCACAAGGACCUUAAGAACCACUGGCUUCGGAGGAUGGAGCCUGCCCUACAACACUGGAACUUGGACUGAGCCAAUUAAUCCCAUUUGGUGUUUCUUGCUCACCCUUGGGCGUAUUGGCAAUGCCACGUACGAGUUCAAAUUUUCGGAGGAUUUCCAGCGUGCAGACAUCAUUGGCCGCGGAAACCUCCUGGUCUUUUGCUGUUGCUGCUGCCCCUGCAUUCCGCCAUGGUUUUCACUGCCGGAGUGUUUGAUCAAGAACUACAUGGUGCAGGCGGAUUCUUCAGUGCGUGGAGACCAUUUCGAACGCUAUUCAGGCUUCUGUGGCCAGGAGCCAAGGUACUACUACGAUGCUUGGCGGGUUGCCGGGGGCGACCUGGCCGACCUGGAUGAUUUCUUGGAUCUCCUGGCGGUCUACACCAUUGAUGGCCAGGGCACACGAUGGACCAGGUUAGUAGAUGAACUGGCUCCAGCACAGGACAAAGCUCCUGCUGUGGCCAUUGGGGACCCAUGGCCAAAUCCCUGUGCGUUGCGCGCAGCGAAGAGCGACGGAUUUGGAGAUGGGUCCAAAUUUAACCAGGUUUUCAAGGGGCAUUGGCCGGAUGAAAAGGGUAUGGAGGGCGAUCACUUCAAUGAUCUGGCCCGCAGCCUCACAAGGACAGAGUACCAGCGCAUUGGAGACGCGCGUAGCUUCGCAGGGGAGCCGCCCGCCUGGCAGUUUACCGGGAAGCCUUUCCGGACGCAGGGUGAAACCUUGAGGAGCCGAGAAGCGCGCUUGGGAUGUGGCAUCACCCCUCGGAUCUAUCCGGCUCCCGUAGGGACCAUCAACGAGGAGUUGGCCACGUCCCGAGCAUCCAUGCAGACUUUUGGCACAAGGUUUUUUUUCAGGUUUGCCACCAUGGCCAUUGCGGCUCAAGCAGGCCAUAGCAUGCGGAAACGAGAGCCUGUGGAUGAAACUGAGAGGCUCAGGAAAGAGCCCGUCUACUGGCACCAACACGACCAUGAUCGAAGUGCUUCAGGGCGAAAGGAGCUGCGUAGCUAUCCCAUUGCUGGCUGCAGCACUGCUCGUUUGGGGCACACGAAGAAACCGUCCUUCCUGCGAACGCAGAUCAACGGCGAUCGACCUGCUUGGAUGCGAGGGGAAGAUGCCCUGCCGGGCGGGUGGUGCUUUACGCCGGCCAAUGCCAGGUUCGCAAGAGAAGUUCAUUUCACUUCCAGCUUUAAGGGAGACUUCAAGAGUGUUUCACGUACGCAGCGACCAGAAACAGUGGCUUCGCGCAUGAAAAAGGCGGAGCAAGACCCAUUUCAUGAGAUCCUUCAACGGAUGGAAUCGCACUUCACCAGUCAAGGCGAUCUCUUGGAGAAUCUGAAUCAACAACUCCAAAAGGUCAUUGCUGAUGGCGUGGGUCACUGGCCCAGCCAAGGUUCCGACGAAAGCGUCGAAGCCCCGCGCGCCUCGCCGCUGGUUCUCCACGAUGAGCCGUUGCAACCAGAGCAUCCAAUCGAGCGUAGCAGUGAGCGCGCGAAGCUUCAGCAGAACCGCCAUUCCAUGGACUCCAAAGAGUCCAAGAUUUCCCUGGGUUUGGAUUCGAAUAUGACCCAUGAACCGCACCAGGCGCAACAACGCCGCAGCGAGGAGCACGGCAUCUCGUCGGUGGCCACCUUUGUCACGCAGGAGAUUCGAAGACAGGAGCGGGUGGCCCGGCAAGCGGCCCGAAAGCUGACGGAACAAAAGCUCAGCAGCAUCAAUGCUGCUAUGUAUUGGUCUCAGAGGCCCAAAGAGGAGAACUUUGCGCAUCGCAUCAUCAACUCCUGGUGGUUUGUGAAUGGCAUCAGCAGUGUCAUCGUGAUCAACAUGAUCUUGUUGGGUGUUGAGGUCGACUUAGCAGCCUCCAUUGGGCAGGAGAACGUCCCUGUUUGGUAUGGAGUUGUCAACGCCACCGCCGUGGGUAUUUUCGUCAUAGAGCUUUCCUUGACCUUCCUGGCGAUCGGGAUCAGGAAGUUCUUCUGUGGCAAAAACCGCGCCUGGAAUAUCUUUGAUUUCUGCAUCAUUUCACUCUCGCUACUGGAAACCUCUACCGAACUCUGGCAGCAGGCCAUAGCACGGGAGCAGGUGAGCACCUCGCAGCUGCGCUUCUUCCGCUCCGUGCGCCUGGUGCGCGCCUUGCGCGGCGUGCGCAUGGUGCGGCUGCUGAGGUAUGUGGGUGCCUUGAGAACCCUGGUUUUAUCCAUUGCCAGCAGCAUGGCUUCGUUAUUUUGGACCUUGGUGCUGUUGGUGCUUAUUUUCUACACGUUUGGAAUCAUGUUCACCCAGCUGGUCUCUGACUAUUGCAGAUACGAGGUAGGCUCAGCCACAAUGGCCGGGUGUGUGGACAAGGUGGGUGUCUAUUGGUCGAGUCUUCCAGAAAGCAUGCUCACGCUCUUUAUGACCAUUUCAGGUGGAGUCAAUUGGGGCGAAACCUUCAGACCGCUGAUUGACAUCUCCAUUUUCGCGGUGAUGUGCCACAUCAUCUUCACCACCAUUGCUGUCCUUGCUGUGGUAAACGUUGUAACUGGCGUGUUCUGCACGACAGCUAUGGAAUCUGCAGCAGCGGACAAGGAAAUUGCAACCAUGAAACAACUCAAGAAGAAGAACGCGCAGCUUGAAGAUCUGCGCAACGCCUUCGAGGAGAUCGUGGACGCGGAAUCCAACACCGUGAACAUUGGAGACUUUGAGAAGGCGAUGCGCAGCGACAAGUUUCGUCACUUCUUGGAGUCUAUGAGCAUUUCGACGGAGGACAUUAGCACUUUGUUCACCAUUAUGGACAGCGACCAAAGCGGGCUCAUAGAUCUCGAAGAAUUUGUCCAAGGCUGCUUGCAGCUCCAUGGUCCUGCAAAGAGUUUGCAGUUGGCCAAGAUGAGUUUCGAGAACAAGAUCACACGGCAGGCGAUGAAAUCGAUGGCCACCAGUUUGAUGGAAGUCCGUGCUCAGUUGGACAGGAUGAGUCGGAAAGCUUUGCUUCCACGAAAACGACGGAGCCAACUGCGCCAACCUGUCUGCAGCAUUUGA